AUGCAAGCACAGCGGCAACAACUAUGGAACCUCUAUGUUCAUGCCAGGGCCAAGGGCUUCCAUUUCAAACUGAAGGCAACAGAUAUCUUACCCGCUGGCAAGUUUUUUCAAUUCUCGAUCCUCCUUAAGCUUUGGCCAUUUCGCAUUGAAGUGAAACUUGAACCCACUAAACAAAAGUCCCUCGAAUCCAAAUUCCUCCAAUUUCUUAAGAAAUUUCGGGUUCGACGAGCCGACAACAAAGCCAUUGCCGCUAGGAAAACCUUGAAUAGCGGAAGAUCUAGUCGGUUUGCUUAUGUGGUGGGACAACGUUCGGUCUUUAUUGGAAACCUUGCUCUUUUGUGUCAAUCAAUCUCUGAGAAGGAUCAAAAAGGAAUUAUCCUACAUGGUUCAAUUCAAAUGAAAAGUUAUCUUCUGAUUUAUGUAUAUGGUGAAGGCCAUGCCUCAGAAUAUGUUUGGAAAGCUAGGACUUAUACUUCCUUCUCUGGGUGUCUGUAUUUAAUGUACUUUUUUUUUCCAGGUGAUGGGUAUUGA